AUGCAGAGUAUGACGAAGUCUCUCGUCAAAUCUGCACCGAAAACUGCCAAGGCUCCGGUGCCUCAGAAAGAAGCUGCUCCUCCUGCAGAACCUGCUUCGAAGGAAGAGAAGCCUACUAAGGCACCAACGGAUGCAAAAACGAUGGUUACAAAAGAAGAGUCAUCAAAAGCAACGAGUAAAGUGGAGACCCCAAAGUCUGCGACUUCAAAGACAGAGCCUUCGAAACCAGAGACUUCUAAGGAUUCUCCAGCAACACCUGUGCCAACUCCAAAAGAGGAGGAGGAGAAAACGAAGAAGACUCAGGAGAGUAAAGAAACAGCGGAAGCGACCAAAAGUGGCACUGAUUUGUCAACCGAAGAACAGAAGGAAACGGAGACUACGGACAAGGACAACUCAAACAAGGAUUCUAACAAAGAUGCCAGCGACAAAGAAAAAGAAAAUUAGA